AUGGGUGGCAUAUCUUCAAGCAAGCUGCCUCCAGUCAACGACAAAGACUUGAGGACGGUGCUGUCAUACAACAUCAACGAGAACCAUAUCAGGUCUGUGUACAAGCUCUUCACCGAGAUUGACGUCGACUCCAAUGGCGUGUGGACCGUCAGCGAGAUGUACAGAGUUCUCAAGGAGCCGAGGAUGUCGGUCCGCGCUCCUGUAAUCGACACCAUCUUCUUCAUGGGUGAUAGCAACAGCGAGGGCAGCAUGACGUUUCAGGAUUUCCUGGUGACGAUGUGCUCCUUCUGCGCUCUUUCCAAGGAGGAGAUGCUGCAGUUCCUGUUCAUGAUUAUCGACAUUGACCGCAACGGUACCAUUGAGAAGGAAGAGCUCUUGAACUUCUUCUCAUACAUUCCAGCCGGCUCUGAUGAGGGCCGUGGCGAGCCUGUGUUCCCGGUGAACAACAAGAACGCACUGGACAAGUUCCGUGGCGGGAAGUGGCGAAGUCUCCAGUUCGACGGUCUUGCUCAGCUGUGUGAGCUUUUCCCGUACAUCGCCUAUCCUGCUUAUCACACCCAGGACAUGUACCGGAAGAUCCUGCUUGGCAAGAACUUCUGGGAGCGCCUCGACUACGAGCGCAUCAAGUACCAGACGGUGGUUAGGACGAAGCGGGUGCGGAUGCCUUUCACCAAGAAGAAGAUCGAGGUAAAGCUGCCCGGCCGCUGCACAAUGCAGGAGCUCUUGGAAUACUCGCGCAGGAACACCGCAGUGCAAGGCGGCAAGCGAGUUACGUCCCAGGAUGCCGGCGAGGCCGAGUCUGCCCUGGCCAAGGAGCGGGAUCUGCAGAUUCAGCGAAGUCCCAUUUUGAACAUGAUCCGCAAUCCACGUUGCAUGUACUACAUCCCGCAGGAGGGUGGCAAGAACAUUCAGAAGCAGAAGGGGCACAGGUCCGAACUGGAUGUGGGUGAACAGGAUGUGGAAAGCGAUGAUGGCGCUGAGAUGGACCAGGGCGGCAGUGAUACUGGAGGAGGCGUCAUCACAGGGGCGCCCAACAACGCCGAGCACAUGCUGGCCAUUGUGACGGCGAUGCAGAUGAAGCAGAACGAGAAGACUGCUGUGGAUGAUCUUGAGGACGACGAGGACGACUUCGAAG